UUCUUUCUCUUUUCUCCUCUCUCAUUUUCCAAAACCCUAAAAUCUCCACCGUUUAUCCCAGAUGGGGCGUGUGAUCAGGGCCCAGCGAAAGGGUGCCGGCUCCGUCUUCAAGUCUCACACCCACCACCGUAAGGGUCCAGCCCGCUUCCGGUCGCUGGACUUCGGCGAGCGCAACGGCUAUCUGAAGGGCGUCGUAACGGAAAUCAUCCACGACCCGGGCCGAGGCGCCCCUCUCGCCCGAGUCACGUUCCGCCACCCUUUCCGCUACAAGCACCAGAAGGAGCUCUUCGUCGCCGCCGAAGGGAUGUACACCGGUCAGUUCGUGUACUGCGGCAAGAAGGCCAAUCUCAUUGUCGGCAACGUCCUUCCCCUGCGGUCGAUCCCUGAGGGUGCUGUCGUGUGCAACGUCGAACACCAUGUAGGCGAUCGCGGCGUGUUCGCUCGGGCUUCUGGAGAUUACGCGAUCGUGAUUAGUCAUAAUCCUGAUAACGGCACCUCCAGGAUCAAGCUUCCUUCUGGGACCAAGAAGAUUGUGCCAAGUGGAUGCCGUGCCAUGAUUGGCCAGGUUGCAGGUGGGGGCCGGACAGAGAAGCCCCUCCUCAAGGCUGGCAACGCAUACCACAAGUACAGGGUCAAGAGGAACUGCUGGCCCAAGGUCCGUGGUGUGGCCAUGAAUCCUGUGGAGCAUCCCUUUGGAGGUGGUAACCACCAGCACAUUGGACAUGCCAGCACUGUCCGUCGUGAUGCCCCACCUGGCCAGAAGGUUGGUCUCAUUGCUGCAAGGAGGACUGGUCGGCUCCGUGGGCAGGCUGCCGCCACUGCUGCAAAAUCAGAGAAAGGUGCUUAGUUAGUUCACCUGCUCUCUUACCUUUAUUUUUGAAAAAAAAAAAAAAAAACUUAACUGUGGGUUUGAACAAUUUUUGUUUCCCUUUUCACUAUAGCGGUCAGAUUUCAUGGCAGUUCUGUUUCCAAUUUGGAUUGGUUGUCAGUUACAUUAGAUUUUGAUUGCACUCAGUUAUAUAAUAUGAAUUUGGCAUGUGGCCCGUUUGGGUGUUUUUA